AAAAUAAUGGGAUAAGGAUGUUGUUCAAAGUCAUUACCAGAACCAUACUUAACUGAACCUCCAGAACUAUUGUAUCCUCUGACAUUUAAACAUGUAUAAAUAAUACAAAAUUUAGUCUAAUACAAUCCUGAUCACUCUAGAAGACACUGAACCAUAAAAAAUCUCAAAUAUAAUAAUUUAAGAAGAGCCAACAUUGCAAAAUGAUACAGAACUUAUUUUUUCAAGUGAAGCUAUUCCUUGUAAAACAAAGCCAUAAAUUGAAAAUGAACUUGUUAGACAUACUAUAUCAAAAUUUGGUAAAUAUUAACCAUCAUAAUCUCAUUAUAACAAAAAAAUUACAACUUACCCACCAUAUGUAGUUUAGUUAACUUAAUUAGCAAUUUAAUGAUUCUAAUAUAAUUUAUGUUGGCGGAUGGAAGACCGGUUAAAGAAGUGGUUAUGGAAUAUAAUAUUGGCCAUCAGGUAGUUUUUAUGAAGGAGAAUGGAAAAAUGAUAAAGCAAAUGGACAUGGAAGAAUGAUUCAUUAAAAUGGUGAUAUGUAUGAAGGUUUUUGGUAAUAAGGUAAGGCAGAAGGAUAAGGGUCAUUUUAUCAUAUUAAUGGAGCUUAUUAUUAAGGGGAAUGGAGUUAAGAUUUAUAGAAUGGGAAAGGUAAAGAAGUAUGGCCUGAUGGUGCAUAAUAUGAAGGGGAAUUUAAUUAAGGGAAAAUAUAAGGCAGAGGGAAAUUCAUAUUUUCAGAUGGAUCUUAUUAUGAAGGAGAAUUUAUGGAUAAUUAAAUUUAAGGAGAAGGUUAUUAUGUAUGGGUAGAUGGUCGUAACUAUAAGGGAAAUUGGUAAUAAGGCAAAAUGAAUGGUUAAGGUGAAUUCAAUUGGCCUGAUGGCAAAAAAUAUAUAGGUAAAAAUUGUCUAUUAAUUUUAGGCAAUUAUAAAAAUGGGAGAAAAGACGGUUAUGGGGAAAUGUUUUUUCCUAAUGGUUCAUUUUAUAAAGGAUAUUGGAAAGAGGGAAAUAUGCAUGGAUCUGGUACAUAAAAAUAAUUGAAUUAAGAAAUAUAAAAAGGAGAAUGGUUUGAAGGAAAAUUCUAAAAAGAUUGA